GAAGACGCUAUGGCCAAGCUUUUGCUAAAACUCCAGCGGUAUUUUCGGCGCAAACCCGUGCGUUUCUUCACGCUGCUUGCUCUCUACCUGGCGGCCGGCAGCUUGGUUUUCCUGCAUUCCGGUUUUUCCGGGGAGCCCACGGUGCCGGGGAGCCCGCGCAGCCCCGCGGCUGCAGAGGGGCCGGGGCUGCCCUACCUGGGGGUGAUGCAGCUCAGCCGCGGCUUCAAGGCGGCAGCGACAAUACCGGCGGGGAACCGACGACACGGCCCCUGGUUCAGAAACACCUCCAAGGAGCCGUCGGACAGGGGAAAAUUCCGGGAUAACAGCGGUCCCCGGAGCCGGGCGCUCAGGGGCAGGAGCGGCCGAGAGAAGGAGGAGGACAGAGCCAGGUACAUCGGCUGCUACGAGGACAACACCAGGCAGAGGACCCUGCGUGGGAUGUCCUUCUUCGACUACAAGAAGAUGACGGUGUUCCGUUGCCAGGACAACUGUGCCGAGCGGGGGUACCUGUACGCGGGGCUGGAAUUCGGGGCCGAAUGCUACUGUGGGCACAAGAUCCAGGCAUCCAACGCCAGCGAAUCCGAGUGCAACAUGGAAUGCAAGGGAGAGAGGAGCAACACCUGCGGUGGGAUCAACCGGCUCUCCAUCUACCGCCUGGAGCUGGCCCAGGAAUCCGCCCGCAGGUAUGGAAGCGCGAUAUUCCGGGGGUGCUUCCGCCGGCCGGAAAACGUCUCCAUCGCACUGCCAACCAGCCAGCUCAUGCUCAACAUGUCCGUGGAUAAAUGUGUGGAUUUCUGCACAGAGAAGGAAUUCCCGUUGGCAGCGCUGGCGGGCACCACGUGCCGCUGCGGCUUUCCCAGCACGCUGUUCCCGCUGCACGAGCGCGAGGACGAGCAGCUCUGCGCUCACAAAUGCGCCGCCGAGGAAUUCGAGAGCUGCGGCUCCGCCGAGUUCCUGCUGGUCUACCAGACGCAAGUGCAGGACAAUCGCUGUAUGGACAGGAGGUUCCUGCCCAGCCGUGCCAAGCAGUUGGUGGCCCUGGCCAGCUUUCCUGGAGCUGGGAACACCUGGGCUCGGCACCUGAUCGAGUUGGCCACCGGCUUCUACACCGGCAGCUACUACUUUGAUGGCUCCCUCUACAACAAAGGUUUCAAGGGCGAGCGGGAUCACUGGAGGAGUGGCAGGACCAUUUGCAUCAAGACGCACGAGAGUGGGCAGAAGGAGAUCGAGUCCUUCGACUCUGCCAUCCUGCUCAUCCGCAACCCCUACAAGGCCCUGAUGGCCGAGUUCAACCGCAAGUACGGGGGACACAUCGGCUUCGCCGCCCAUGCCCACUGGAAGGGCAAAGAGUGGCCGGAGUUUGUGGCCAACUACGCUCCAUGGUGGGCAACCCAUACGCUGGACUGGCUGCGCUACGGGAAGAAAGUGCUGGUGGUGCACUUUGAGGAUCUCAAACGGGACCUGUUCGUGCAGCUGCAGAGGAUGGUGGCACUGCUGGGUGUCACGGCCUGCGAGGACAGGCUGCUGUGCGUGGAAGGACAGAAGGAUGGCAACUUCAAGCGCUCGGGCCUGAGGAAGCUGGAGUUUGACCCCUACACCCCCGAGAUGAGGAAGACGAUCGGCGCCUACAUCCGAACCGUGGACGCGGCGCUGAAGCUCCGCAACCUCUCCGGGGUCCCCGAGGAUUAUUACCCCAGAUGAUGGUGACCACGGCGGGGGGACCGUGCCCAAGGGUGUCCUCCCAGCUUCUGCCUAAUUCCACCCAGUGGGUGGCUCCUCUUUUAACCCUCUGUGUGCUGCUG